AUGGACCGGUUAAGUAGAAUGCUGGCGGCCGCUCAAGGCAUGGGUGGCAUGGGAGGAGGGCCUGCACAAGACACCAACCUCAUCGACAACUCGGAAACCGUCUACAUCUCUUCAUUAGCCCUUCUCAAGAUGCUGCGCCACGGCCGUGCUGGUGUGCCCAUGGAAGUCAUGGGCCUGAUGCUGGGCGAGUUUGUCGACGACUACACGGUGCGCGUUGUCGAUGUCUUCGCCAUGCCCCAGUCCGGUACAGGCGUGUCCGUCGAGGCCGUCGACCCCGUCUUCCAGACCAAGAUGAUGGACAUGCUGCGGCAAACAGGGAGACAAGAGACCGUCGUAGGCUGGUACCACUCACAUCCUGGUUUCGGCUGCUGGCUCUCGUCAGUCGACAUCAACACCCAGCAGUCCUUUGAGCAGCUCACCCCGCGCGCCGUCGCCGUCGUCGUCGACCCCAUCCAGUCCGUCAAGGGCAAAGUCGUCAUCGACGCCUUCCGCCUCAUCAACCCACAAACCCUCAUGAUGGGCCACGAACCCCGUCAAACCACCUCCAACGUCGGUCACCUCAACAAACCCUCGAUCCAAGCUCUCAUCCACGGCCUCAACCGCCACUACUACUCAAUAGGCAUCAACUACCGCAAGUCGGCGCUCGAGGAGAACAUGUUGAUGAAUUUGCACAAGCAUGUCUGGACCGAGGCCUUGCUGAUGGACGACUUCAAGGGCGAGGGCGAGCGGAACAAGGAGCGGCUGCAGAAGCUGGUCUCGCUAUCGGAAGGCUACGAGAAGCGCGUAAAGGAAGAGACGGAGUUAACCAAGGACCAACUCAAGACGAGAUAUGUCGGAAAGGUGGACCCCAAGAAGCACAUCUCCGACGUUGGCCAACAACUCAUCGAAGACAACAUCGUCUCCGUCUCACGGCAGAUGAUUGACAAGGAGGCCUCGGUCCCCAAGUCCAACGCACGGCAAAACGGAAACGCAAACACGGGUGAUGAUGUAGACAUGGAAGAAUAG